AUGGGGGUGACCCCUUUCCACCACUCAAUCCUCGAAGUCCAGCUACCAAAGCACUUCGAUAAGCCGACGGACAUGAGGUAUGAUGGUACACAAGACCCCCAAGAGCAUCUGACGUCUUUUGAGGCUAGGAUGAAUCUCGAAGGGGUCGGGGACGAGGUAAGGUGUCGUGCCUUCCCCAUCACCUUGGCGGGACCGGCAAUACGUUGGUUUAACGAACUCCCCCAAGGCUCGGUGACGUUCUUUACGGACAUUACCCGCGCCUUCCUCGCUCAAUUCACCACGCGUAUUGCUAAAGCAAAGCACCCGAUUAACUUGCUUGGGAUAACACAGAGAACCGGAGAACAGACCAGGAAGUACCAAGAUAGAUUCAACGAUGAGUGCUUGGAGAUUGACGGCCUAACCAACUCGGUGGCCAGUUUAUGCUUGACGAAUGGGUUGCUGAACAAGGAUUUCAGGAAAUACCUAACUGGCUAA